GCCGUGGCCAGUCUGACAGAUGCACCAGUUUCUGUGGGGACACAUCCUUGGCCUUAGGGAGCAGGUCCCAACUUGGGAAAGAGGGGUCCCCACUUCCAUCCCCCAGCCUGGCCUCUCAGGACCCACGUUUUCCAAGGACUUGCUCAACCAGACCUUGCUGCCCAAUGGCAUCACAAUUGACACAGUCAUCAAAAUCCGUGGUGUUGUCCCCUGCAGGGCUGGCAGGUUCUCUGUAAUCCUGCGGUCCAUCUGUGGGCCCUGUGAUGACUAUGUCCUACAUUUCAACCCCCGGCUCGACCAGUGUGUUGUGGUCUUCAACACCCGGGAGCAUGGCUCCUGGGGCCUAGAGGAGUUUGGCUCAGGCAUGCCCUUCCAGGUUGGGCAGCCCUUCGAACUGCUCUUCAUUGUCCAGGAAGAUGGCUUCCAGGUGACGGUCUGUGGACUGGAUUACCACCACUUCCGCCACAGGAUCCCGCCAGCGCGCGUGCGCCUGCUGGAGGUGCGCGGGGACCUGAAGCUGGAGUCCGUGACUGUCUUCUGAGCCACCGCUGGAGGCCGGUGAGAUGGCAGCCAG